GUCUCCUCCCAGGUUGACAAGCGUCAACAGCGUAAAGACUCUGUGUUCUUCCGGGAUGGAAAGAAGAGGAUUGACUUCAUCCUGUCCUAUGUGGACGACCGAGACGGAGAGAGGAAACAGGUAAGAUUCACCUUCAGAAACACACCUGGGCUCACUAUUAACUGCUAUUCCUCUACUUCAUAUAGUUGUCAAGUGCAUAGUUAUCACAGGGGUUUCAUUGUAAUUCUCAGUGUAACUCAAUGCUGGUUUCUGAGCACAGGACACAGCCUGGGUAAACCUGACUGGAUGCUCCACUCCAUUGUGAUUUAGUUCAGAGUUCAUUCUGGUUUAACCAGGCUGUAUACAUGACUCUGUAGUUGUUAAUACUACAAUAAUACAGUGUAAAUCACUGUAUGAACAUCAUUCAGCAUGCUGUAAUACAUAGCACUCUCCCUUCACUUGACUCACUUCACUUCACUUGACACACUUUACUUGACUCACUUUACUUGACUCACUUUACUUGACUCACUUCACUUGACUCACUUCACUUCACUUGAAUCACCUCACUGACUCACUUGACUCAUUUCACAUGACUCACUUGUCUCACUUCACUUGACUCACCUCACUUGACUCACUUCACUUGAUUCACUUUAGUUGACUCACCUCACUUGAUUCAAUUCACUUGACUCACUUCACUUGAUUCACCUCACUUGACUCACGUCACUUGUCAGCACCAGCUAGUUUUCUCUUGCCAAGCUGUUCAUAAUAGCAAGCAUGUAGCUUAUUUCAGAAAUAAGCUACAUGACACAAAUACCUUGAAACAAGACGAAAAUAAUCAUUUGAGCUAAGCUACAGUAGCUAAAUUAUAAUUCCUCAUUCCUAGCCAGUGACUGAGCCCCAUGGAAUGGAAUGUCCUUAUCAUCUGCCUCCUGCUUUGAGUUAGCCUUGAAUUGACCCUUAGUUUCCUUGGUAACUUUGUUAUUUAAGUAUAUUUGAGUACCAUUUGCAUGCUGUGUGGGAGAAGCAGCCAUUUUGAGGUGAAGCUUCCUGUACACAAUAUGUGCACAGUGAUAUACAGUGCAUUUGGAAAGUAUUCAGACCCCUUGACUUUUUCCACAUUUUGUUACAUUACAGCCUUAUUCUAAAAUUGAUUAAAUUGUUUUUCACACACAAUAUCCCACAAUAUCCCACAAUAUCCCAUAAUGAUAAAGCAAAAACAGGUUUUUAGAAAUGUUUGUACAUUUAUAAAAAAUAAUAAUAAUGAAAUAUCACAUUUACAUAAGUAUUCAGACCCUUUACUCAGUACUUUGUUGAAGCACCUUUGGCAGUGAUUACAGCAUGAAGUCUUCUUGGGUAUGACGCUACAAGCUUGGCACACCUGUAUUUGGGGAGUUUCCCCAUUCUUCUCUGCAGAUCCUCUUAAGCUCUGUCAGGUUGGAUGGGGAGCGUCGCUGCACAGCUAUUUUCAGGUCUCUCCAAAGAUGUUCGAUCGGGCUCAAGUCUGGUCUCUGUCUGGGCCACACAAGGACAUUCAUAGACCUGUCACGAAGCCACUCCUGCGUUGUCUUGGCUGUGUGCUUACGGUCGUAGUCCUGUUGGAAGGUGAACCUUCGCCCCAGUCUGAGGUCCUGAGUGCUCUGGAGCAGGUUUUCAUCAAGGAUCUCUCUGUACUUUGCUCCAUUCAUCUUUCCCUCGAUCCUGACUAGUCUCCCAGUCCCUGCCACUUAAAAACAUCCCCACAGCAUGAUGCUGCCACCACCACUGCUGCUGCAAAAAAAAAAUAUGUUGGCUCUUAGAUGGCAAUCACCCCAUCUCCCAAUUCACUAGUGGAUACAGUUACUAUUACAACAUAUAACUAAUAGAAGUUAAGACAUUAGAAUUAUCGACAGCGAGAAUAUAUGGUGCUAGUCAAAGAACAAUUGAGGCCUGGACAAAUAUAGGGAGACAUGUUGGGCUGGGGGUAAUGGGAUGGGGAGUUGGGGGAGUAGGCGCACCUGUUUUCCUUUCUUUGAAUUUUACUAUGACAAAAUCCUGUUUGAUCUGUAUGAUAAUUUCUCUGUAUGUAUUUCUUACUUUAGUUUUUAUUUUGAGUGGCAGGACACGGGUACAUGUUAUAUAAACUGAAUAUGUGACUUGGAAUUGAUAUUGUACCUGUAAAACCCCCCCAACAAAUAAAUGACAAACAAUAUAAAAACUUGGUCAAAAAUAUUAUUACAAAAUAAAGUGAUGAGAGGCAAAUUGAAUGUCCUGUACCAAUUCCUCUCUUCUCUUCUUCUCUUCUCUCCUCCUCUCUUCUCCUCCUCUCUUUUCCUCUCUUCUCCUCCUCUCUCCUCUUCUCCUCUUCUCUCCUCCUCUCUUCUCCUCUUCUCUUCUCCUCCUCUCUCCUCCUCUUCUCUUCUCCUCCUCUCCUCUCCUCUCUUCUCCUCCUCUCUUCUCCUCCUCUCUUCUCCUCUUCUCUUCUCCUCCUCUCCUCUCUCCUCCUCCUCUCUCCUCCUCUCCUCUCCUCUCUUCUCUUCUCCUCUUCUCUUCUCCUCCUAUUAUUUUGUCUCUACAGGAGAGGCGGAGGGAAUAUGAGGCUAACCUACAGAAAGCAGGGCUGGAACUGGAGACAGAGGAUAAAUCGGUAAGAUUCCUGCCCAUCUGAUUACAUCUAAUCAAGUUCUGGUGAAUAAAUAGCCUGAUCCCAGAUAUGUCUGUGUUGCUAACAGCAUCGGACAAGAGGAGUUAGCAACACAGCAUAAACAUAUUUAGUAGAUGGGGACAGACUGUCCUGGCAGUAUUUUUGUAUGGGGGGGAUACCAUUACUCUUUCUCACCACCAGGGGAGCUAGAUCACUAGAAAAACCCUGAUUUAUCAACUUUACAGCACAGUACAGGAAAAUGGUUUGUUUGUUUGUGGUGGUUUAGGGGAACUUAAGUAGUUAAACUUGGCUAUUGGUUAAAUAAUUCACAAGCUGUGUCUGUAUGUUUUUCUGCCUGUCUGCCUGUUCUUCCUGGUCUGUCUGUCUCUGCUUUCCCUCUGUCCGUCUGUCCGUCUGUCUGUCUGCCUGCCUGCCUGCCUGCCUGCCUGCCUGCCUGCCUGCCUGUCUGUCUGUCUGUCUGUCUGUCUGUCUGUCUGUCUGUCUGUCUGUCUGUCUGUCUGUCUGCCUGCCUGCCUGCCUGCCUGCCUGCCUGCCUGCCUGCCUGCCUGCCUGCCUGUCCGUCUGUCCGCCUGUCUGCCUGUCUGCUUGUCCGCCUGCCUGCCUGUCUGUCUGUCUGUCUGUCUGCCUGUCUGUCUGUUUGUCCGUCUGUCCAUCCAUCUCCACAUCUAUCUAUCUCUCCAUCUCUCUCCUCCAAUCAGGAGUCAGAUGACCGUAAGACAUACUUUGUGAAGAUCCACGCUCCAUGGGAGGUUCUGGCCACCUACGCCGAUGUCCUCAAGAUCAAGGUUCCCUUCAAGGCCAAUGAUAUCCCCGUCCACCAGGUACAGUCAGCAGCCAGGUAGCCUAGCGGUUAGCGAGGUGGGCCAGCAAAUGGAGGGUUUCCGGUUCGAAUACCGUAACUGAAAGGAAAAAUCUGGCCAUGACAAAAGUCUUUGGACUGUAGGAAAAACUGUAGCCUGGUCUCAGAUCUGUUUGUGCUGUCAUUGUCAUCCAGAACAUGUUUGUGGUGACAAGGAGUUGCCAUGACAGCACAAACCGACUAUCUUGGAAAGUAAAGUAUUCUUCUUCUUAACGUGUUCUUCAUCCAGGACAUUCCCAUGGACUGGCUGUUCACUCCCUUCCGUCUACCGGACCACAUUAUGAAUCCUGAACCAGACUACUUCACCUCACCCUUCAACAAGGGAAAGAUUGACUUCUUCCUCAUCGAUGACAAGGACACCUUCUUCCCUCCCUCCGUCCGCAACAGGAUAGUAAGUAGGCCAACAGGAUAGUAAGUAGUCCAACAGGAUAGUAAGUAGGCCAACAGGAUAGUAAGUAGGCCAACAGGAUAGUAAGUAGGCCAACAGGAUAGUAAGUAGGCCAACAGGAUAGUAAGUAGGCCAACAGGAUAGUAAGUAGGCCAACAGGAUAGUAAGUAGGCCAACAGGAUAGUAAGUAGGCCAACAGGAUAGUAAGUAGGCCAACAUAAAGGGCUUUCAUAUAAGACAAUCAAUGUAGAAGAAUUGGCUUCUCUUCUGAGUCUCGUUCCUCUCAGGGUUUCUUCCUUGCUGCGAAGCACUUUGUGACAACUGUCGAUGUAAAAAAAUGGCUUUAUAAAUCAAAAUUCCAUUUUGAUUGGAAUGUAGUCAUGGCAGUAUAGCGACUUCUAGAAUAGAGAGUCCUCUAUUUGUAGAAUUGGCAAUCUCUAUGUAUGUGUUGCUCUCUGACCUGACCUCCCCCCCAGGUAUACUACAUCCUGGCCCGUUGUCCCUACUACAAGUCAGACAGAGAGGACAAGAAGGGCAUCAAGCGCCUGCUCAACAACGGGACCUACGGGUCUGCCUUCCCUCUACAUGAUGUAAGAAGCUACUGUCCAACAGGUGACCAGGGUUGGGGGGGUCAAUCCCGUUUCAAUUCCAGUCAGUCGAUUCAGGACGUACACUGAAAUUCCAAUUCCGAUUUUAUUCAAUGCUUUUCAAUGAUACAAAUUUGGAAUUGGAAUUGGAAUUUUGUUUUACAUAUUCUGAAUUGACUGGAUUUGAAAUGGAAUUGACCCCCAACUCUGAAAGUUACCUUCUCUCCUAGUAGGGAAAACUGGUUGUUAUAUCAUUUCAACCAGCUUUGCCCUCUGGGCUCUUGUUGGGCCGUUUCAUAUGCACAUACAGCCAUUGAGUAUCCGUGAAGUCAUUAAUCUAGUGGUGGAAAGGGGAAGGAAUGUUUUGUGUGCACAAUGUACUCUAUGUGUCUUUCAAAUAGUAAUACCCAACUAUUUAAUGCACUGUAUCUCAGUGCUUGAGGCGUCACUACAGACCCCCUGGUUCGAUUCCAGGCUGUAUCACAAUCCGGCCGUGAUUGGGAGUCCCAUAGGGCGGCGCCCAGCGGCGUCCGGGUUUGGCCGGUGUAGGCCGUCAUUGUAAAUAAGAUGUUGUUCUUAACUGACUUGCCUAGAUAAAUAAAGGUUCAAUAUUUUUUUUCAUCUUUAGCAAAAUUAAAUUAACCCUAUUAUCUAUUAUCAUUUAAUUAACCCUAUUUUCUAUUAUCAUUUAUUUAAUUAACCCUAUUAUCUAUUAUCAUUAAAUUAACCCUAUUAUCUAUUAUCAUUUAUUUAAUUAACCCUAUUAUCUAUUAUCAUUUAAUUAACCCCAUUAUCAUCCCCUUUGGAAAUGGGACAGGCAUAGGGUUGCAAAAAUCCGGGUAACUUUCCCAGAAUUCCCCCCAUUUUACAAAAAUCCUGGCUAGAGGAUUCUGGAUUCUCUUCUUAUUUACCUCCUGAUUCUGGGAAUCUUCCAACUGGGAUUUUCUGAAAAACCUACGAAUUUUGGGAAACGUUAUCUGAAUUUUGCAACCAUAGACAGGCAUGUUAUGGGUAAGGAUGAACAGUGGAACCAUAACACUAUGAAUGGGCUGUAUCCCUCUGUGUGUAUAUAUACAGUCUCGAUACUGGAAGCCAUCCAGGGAUUCCAACAGUGAGAGUGAGAGAUUCAACCUCUACACACACUGGGCCCGGUUCUUCAGUUUCUUCAAAGAGCAGCCUCUCAACUUGAUACGGUGAGAACACAACACAACACCGAACCAGGAAAUAAAAUAUAUAUUUACACAUUAUAUACUUUUAAAGGCAAUGUCCCCAAUGGUUGUGGAGCUCACAUUCCCUUUUAACUCCACGGAUGUCGGCUCAAGCAGAAAUCCCCUUUAAAAGUGAACCGCAGCGCACAGGUCAUUUAUCUGCAUUUGUUUGAAUCAAGUCUCCGCGUUGUCCUCUUUUUAUUUCUAGACCCUAAAACAGGCUGUUGUUGUUUUUGAUUGGUUGUGUUGUAUUUCCCAUAACAGGAAGUAUUAUGAGGAGAAGAUGUUUGAUUGGUUGUGUUGUAUUUCUCAUAACAGGAAGUAUUACGGGGAGAAGAUUGGGAUCUACUUUGCCUGGCUGGGUUUCUACACUGAGAUGCUGUUCUUCGCUGCGGUAGUAGGCCUGAUCUGUUUUCUCUAUGGAUUGUUCACCUUCGAUGACAACGUCUGGAGGUGAGGGCCCUGAAUCCCAAUUCAACCCCUAGGCACUGUCCCCUACCCCCUACCUCGCAGCCUAAAAAUCAUAGGCACUAUCCCCUACACCCACCAGCCUAAAAAUCCUAGGCACAAUCCCCUACCCCCUACCUCACAGCCUAAAAAUCCUAGGCACUGUCCACUAUCCCCUACAACCCCAGACUAAAAAUCGGACACAGUUAAGACUUUGGCUGGAAUGAAAGGCAUACUGAAUGGAGAAUCUACUGUGUCUGGGAUUCUGUGUCCAGGAAUCCGGCCCUCAAUGUAUGUUGCCUGGAGAAAUGUUUGCAGUAUGUUAUGAGAAUAUCAUGUUUUUUAAAUUUGACAAAAUCUCGUUUCAGUAAAGAAAUCUGUAGUGAGGAGAUUGGAGGCAACAUCAUCAUGUGUCCACUGUGUGAUAAGAAAUGUGGCUACUGGAAACUCAGCUCAACGUGUAACUCGUCCUGGGUAUGAAGUCCAGGCUUUAUAAUCGCACUGUGAAGAUUAUGAUACUCUACAGACAGACACUGUUGUGAUAUGUUAAUUCUGUUGACCAGAACUUCAGGUCAAGUCAAUGAACGUGCUCCAUUUCUUUUAUUCUAUCAGCAAUCACAUAUGUUUGACAACGUGGGGACGGUGUUCUUUGCCAUAUUCAUGGGGAUUUGGGGUAAGUGACAGUCUUGGUGAAUAUUAAGUGACAGUCUUAGUGAAUAUUAAGUGACAGUCUUGGUGAAUAUUAAGUGACAGUCUUGGUGAAUAUUAAGUGACAGUCUUGGUGAAUAUUAAGUGACAGUCUUGGUGAAUAUUAAGUCAGUCUUAGUGAAUAUUAAGUGUCAGUCUUAGUGAAUAUUAAGUGACAGUCUUAGUGAAUAUUAAGUGACAGUCUUGGUGAAUAUUAAGUGACAGUCUUGGUGAAUAUUAAGUGACAGUCUUGGUGAAUAUUAAGUGACAGUCUUGGUGAAUAUUAAGUGACACUUUUUGAAUAUUAAGUGACAGUCUUAGUGAAUAUUAAGUGACAGUCUUAAUGAAUAUUAAGUGACAGUCUUAGUGAAUAUUAAGUGACAGUCUUAGUGAAUAUUAAGUGACAGUCUUAGUGAAUAUUAAGUGACAGUCUUAGUGAAUAUUAAGUGUCAAAAGGUGCAUUCCUGUAAGUGUGCAGGCUUUGUCCUGAGCUCCACCUAAAGGAAGCUGCCAGUCUCUACAACUGGAAAACAGAACUUAUCUUUGAGUAUUGUUGUGGUAUAACUUUAUACUUUAUAUUUUUUAAAUACUUUAUAACAGCAGAGUCUCUUGUCAUCUCUAUGAAAACUCCAUAAUGUGAAUUCCUACGGAAUAUAGCUGACACUGAAGGGAUGAAUGAUAUCCACACAAUGCUAUAGGGGACAGUAGGGUACGAUGAGCCAAAGGGUUCGUAGAGCCACCCGUUGUUUCUAGGAAACCGUACACAAAAUUUAUAAUUUGACCAAAUAUAUAGGAAAAGGGUCAACAUUUCAUGGAGUCUGGUGAAGGAAGAAACCACAUGGAAAAAAUGGGUAAGCAACUUAGGUCCCCAAAAAAAAAAAAAAAAGAUUUUCACCAAGUCAAAUGUAUUUAUUGUGUUAGAGGUUUGAUUAUGCAUUUUAAUAUUGUUCUAUACAUCAGUUGGGGUCUCUAUAAGCUUCAAUAUGAGGACCUAAACCUAGCAUGAAAGUGCAUCCUUGUAGCUGUGUGGGAUAAUAUAUUCAAAAUGUUUGCCUUGGGGAAGUUGAGCCAAUGGCCAUGGGAUAAGCUGAGCCAAUUCUUGGUAGUCUUAAACAAAUCUACUUUGAACAAAAGUAUAAAAAUCUCACACACAUGGUUAUGGGCUUACAAAAAAGAAGACACCUGUACCCAUGUCAGAUACAGAGUUGAAAUGUAUUACAUUUUGAGUUUGCAUCCCGAUAUAACACAGAAAUUGUCCAAAAAAAACUAAAACACGUUACUAAUUAGGAAACUAUGAAAAAUAUGAAUAACAUUCCACCCACGAGGCCAAAGAGGGCGCUUUUGGUCAUUGACUGCAGGAAAGGGCUACUCCUUAACUCUGUUCCUACAGUCUGCACUUACAGUAUAUCAUGCCAAAGGACCUUUACUAUGAAGAGUUCUCUCCCCAACUCUCCAUUGUCCUCCUAUAGUGACUCUGUUCCUGGAGUUCUGGAAGCGUCGCCAGGCCCGGCUGGAGUAUGAGUGGGACCUGGUGGACUUUGAGGAAGAGCAGCAGCAACUUCAGCUGCGACCGGAGUACGAGACCAAGUGUACCUCCCGCAGACUCAACCGCGUCACACAGGUGUGUUUCCAUCUCUUACCUGUAUAGAGUUAGAGUUAGGGGUUAGGGGUUAGGGGUUAGGAGGGUUAGGGGUUAGGGGUUAGGGGUUAGGGGGUUAGGGAGGUUAGGGGUUAGGGGUUAGGGUUUAUUGGUUAGGGUUAGGGUUAGGGUUAGGGUUAGGGGUUAGGGUUAGGGUUUUAGGGUUGUAGGGUUAGGUGUUCAGGUUAGGGGUUGGAGUAGGGUUAGGGUUGGGUUCGCGUUGGGUUGGUGUUAGGGUUGGGGUUAGGGUAGGUGUUAGGUUUGGGUUAGGGGGGUUGGUGUAGCGGUUCGGGGUUAGAGUAGGGUUAGGUGUUGGGUUCGGUUUGGGUCGGGUUCGAGGUUAGGGUCACUGGUUUCUAGGUUAGGUUUGUUUCAGGUUCGGGGUUACGGUUUGGGUUUCGGGUUCGCUCUUCGGGUUGAGGUAUCUGAGGGUUCUGGGGUUCGUUAGGGUUGGGUUCUGUUAGUUUCGGUUGGUGUUUGUUUGGGUUCUGUUCGCUUUCGGGUUUCAGGGUUUUUUAGUUUGGUUUUCUCGUUAGGGUUGGUUACGCGUUCGGUGGUUAGUGGUUCGGGGUUCGGGUUCGUGUGUUGGGGUCACGUUCGGUUUCGGGGUUGGGUUCUGGGUUUCUGUUCGGGUUUCUGGGUUGAGUUCGGGUUGGGUUUGUGUGGGUUCGGGGUUCGGUUCGGUUUGGUUCGAUUGGUUGUUUCCUUGGUUUCGGGUUUAGCGUUAGUUCGGGUUGCCUUUCGGGGUUUUUGGUUUCGUUGGGUUUUUUGGUUCGGCGGUUCGGGGUUCGGGUUAGUCGGUUUCGGGGUUCGGGUUCUUCGUUUCGUGUUGGGUUCGCAGGUUCGGGGUUCUAGGUUUCGCGGUUCGGGGUUCGGGUUCUGGUUCGGGUUCGGGUUUCGGUUCGCGUUCGGGGUUCGGUUCGGGGUUUGGGGUUGGGUUCGCGGUUCGGGUUCGCGGUUCGGGGUUCGGGGUUUUUCUGGGUUGGGUUCGCGGUUGGUGGGUUCGGUUGUUCGGUCUUCGGGUUCGGGUUCGCGUUCGGUUCGGCGUUCGCGGUUCGGGUUGGUUCGGGGUUCGGGUUUCGGUUCGGGUUCGGGGUUUCGGGGUUUGGGUUCUGGUUCGGGUUCGGGUUGGUUCUGGUUGGUUUCGCGGUUCGCGGUCGGGUUCGGUUCGGGUUGGGUUCGGUGCGGUUAGGUUGAGUGUUGCGCUUGGGGUUCGGUGGUUGGUUCGCGGUUAGGGGUUGUGUUCGGUGUUGGGUUCGGUUUCGGUUCAGGGGUUGGUUUCUGGGGUUGGGUUCCGGUUGUGGUUCGGGGUUCGCUUCGGGUUCUGGUUGCGGUGGGUUCGGGUUCUGGUUCGGGGUUGCGGUUCGCUGUUCUUGUGGUUUCCUUUCUUCGUGUUCGCGUUUCGGUUUCUGGUUCGGUUCGGGGUUCGGUUGGUUCGGUGUUGCGGUUCGGGUUCUGGUUGGUUCGCGGUUGCGUUCGGGUUGAUGUUCGGGUUCGGGGUUUUCGGUUCGGUUGGUUGGGUUCGGGUUCGCUUUAGGGUUCGGUUGGGUUCGGGUUUGCGGUUCGGGGUUCGGGUUUUGGUUCGCGUUCUGGUUGGGGUUCGGGUUCGGGUUUUGGUUCGCAGGUUAGGGUUUUACGGGUUUCGGUUCUGGUUCUUUGGGUUCGGGUCUUGAGGUUAUGGUUCGCGGUUCGGGGUUUCGGGUUGCGGUUGGGGUUUGUUCGCGUUUCGGGGUUCUGGGUUCGGGUUGGCUUGGUUACGCGGUUCGGGUUCGGGUUUCGGUUCGGGUUCUGUUGGUCGGGUUCGGUUCGGUUUUUUUGGUUCGCGUUUCGGGGUUGGGGUUUGCGGUUCGGGUUCGGGGUUUCGGUUAGCGGUUCGGGUUUUGUUCGCGGUUCGGUUCGGGGUUCUGGGGUUCUGGUUCGCGGUUCGGUUCGGGGUUCUGGUUCAGCGGUUCGGGUUCGGGGUUCGGGUUCUUGGUUCGGGAUUCGCGGUUCGGGGUUGGGUUUGGGUUCGGGGUUCUGUGUUCGCAGGUUCGGGGUUUCGGUUUGUUCGGUUCGGUUCGGGUUCGGGUUCGGGUUGGUUCGCGGUUCGGGGUUCGUUGGGUUCGGGGUUCUGGUUCGCGGUUCGGGGUUCGGGUGUCGGGUUCUGGUUGUUCGGGGUUCUGGUUUCGCGGUUCGGGUUCUGGUUCGGUUGGGUGGUUCGGGGUUCGGGUUUGUGUUUCGGGUUCGGGUUCGGGUUCGGGUUGGUUCGUGUUCGGGGUUCUGGUUCGCGUUGGGUUGGUUGCGGUUGUGGUUUUCGGGGUUCUAUGGUUCGCGGUUCGGGGUUCUGGUUCGGGUUGGGUUCAUUGGUUGGGUUGGGGUUAUUGGUUAGCGGUUAGGGUUAGGUUCGGUUUCGCGGUUCAGCGGGUUCUGGUUGGGUCAGGGUUGGGUUCUGGUUGGUUACGGUAUGGGGUUCUGGUUGGGUUCGGGUUUAGGGUUCAGCGGUUUGGGUUCGGGGUUCGGGUUCUGGUUCCGGUUGGGGUUUCUGGUUGCUGUUCGGGUUGGUUCCGGUUCGGGUCGGGCGUUUUGUUCGCGUUCGGGUUCGUUCCGGUUCGGGUUCUGGUUGGUUCGGGUCGGGGUUCGGGUUCUGUUGGUCGGGUUCGGGGUUUGUUUCCGGGUUCGUUGCGGUUCGGGUCGGGUUCUGGUUCGCGUUGGGUUAUGUCGGGUUCGGUUCGGUUUUUGUUCGGUUCUUUUCCGUUCUUUUUCUGUUUCCUUUCGUUUUUUCUUUUUUUUGGGUUUUCAGGUUUGGGUUAUGGUUGGACCGGGGGGUACGGACCAGUCUCCCGCGACUUACCGCGUUACGGUGUGUUUCCACUCUUCCUGCAUUAUACACUGGUUAGGCUCGGCUAAGGUUAGGGUUAGGGUUAGGUUAGGGGUUAGGGUUGUGCCAAGUACAAGUGUACCAGCCAACGACUCACUGCAUCACAUAGGGCUUGUGUUGUGUUGCCUUCUAGUUUUAUAAAACACUGCUUAGAAAUGAAGUUGGCUUUGCAGUUUCUUUCAGGUUGUGCCAGGGCUGUGUCCAAUGAUAAUAACUUUCAGCUAUAAUUUUAGUUUGUAGCCUUUCAUUGUUUAAAGUACAUUGUGCCAACGUGCUAUGUAAAAUAAUGUAAUAUUUGAUUGAUGUAUCCCCCAAAAAGGUCCAUUAAUAACGUUCCACCCGUUGAUUUAUGUUGGAUUAUUUUACGAUUCUUUCCCUAUGAAAAGAGGGUCGUUCUUGGCCCUGAUCCACUACACAAGUUCGAAUAUUCGUUCAUCUCUCCACCUAUCGGUUUUUUAGCCCGCUCUCAGGUUACAGACCCUGCAUAUGCGGUCUACUUUAUAAUCUUCUAUGAUAACUGUCUACUGCCCAUACCUCCCAUUCACACCCGACCCUCACCUCCACCAUCCUCCACAUCCUCACAUCCCUCACCUGCUCACUACCCUCCACUCACACCUUACCUUAAUUUCCACCUCCCACCCCCAACCCUCACACCUCCACACCCUCCAUUUCCACCUCACCCCCACCUGAACCCUCCAACUCCUCCACUCCUUCCCCGUCGCCACCCACCCUACCAUCCUACCCACAGCUCACCCUCAAUCAGUCAGCCCCUCACAACAUCGCCACCCUCACACGCACUCCACAGCACCCCCGCACCCCCACCCUCCCACCGCUCACGACUCCUACGCACAUCCUCACCCUCCACCUCCACACCAGCCUCCACAGCCUCACCCUCCCCACACACCCAAUCACCCGACACCCACAUCCACACUCCCCCCUCCACCCCCCCCUCCACGCCUCCAUCCCACCUCCCACACCUCCAUCCCACCCUCACCUCCACCUCCCACCGCCCCACCGCCACACCCCCCACCCACCGCCGCACCCCCAUCGCCACCGCCUCCACCCGCACCCACCCCCAACCUCCAGCCACUACGCCCCACCCCCGCCCCACCCCCACCUCGCAACCUCACACCACACCCUCCCACCCCUCACCCCCCCCCCUCACCCCCCCCCCUCCUCACCCUCCACCACCCACCGCACCACCCCACCCCUCCACCGCCCACACCCUCCUCUCCACCCCUCACCUCCCCACCUCCCCACCCUCACCUCCUCACCCUCCACUCCCCCUCCACCCCUCACCCCCACCCACCCCCUCCCCCCACCUCCACCUCCUCACCCCUCACCCUCACCCCCACCCCCCCCCCCCACCGCCCACCCUCCACUCCACCGCACCCCCACUCCACCGCCGCCAACCUCCCCCCUCCACCCGCUCACACCCUCCGCGACCCGUCCCUCCAUCCACCUCCACCCCCACCCUCCACCGUCCUCACCCUCCACCUCCUCACCCUCCACCUCCACACCCUCCACCCUCCCACUCCACCCUCCCCACCUCCUCACCCCCCACUCCCACCCCUCACAUCCUCCACCGUCCUCAACGCCUCCCACCUCCAUCCCCUCCACCCCACCCUCCACCUCCACCCCUCCACCUCCUCCCCCUCCACCUCCUCACCCUCCACCUCCUCACCCUCCCCUCCUCACCCUCCACCUCCUCACCCUCCCACCUCCUCACCCCCAACCCUCCACCUCCUCCACCUCCACCUCCUCACCCUCCACCUCCUCACCUCACUCCACCUGUCUGUGACCGUACUGUAGGAGAUGGAGUGGGUCCUUGACAGGACGGCAGCUGAACUAGUGGGCAAAGUGCUCCUGUGUUGGGCCACCGUGGUGCUGUGGGUAAGACUGGCACAGAGGGAAGAGGACAGAGGAAUGCCAGUUUGAAGUGAUGUGGAGGAAUUGGCAGAAGUUGUUUGGCAGGCCUGGCUUGUGUUGAUUGCUCAUGUCUGGAUGGAAGAUGUCUGAUGCAGACUGCAGCAUUUUACCUGGUGAAUCAUGGAACCUUGCUGUGAUGAAUUAACAAUGAUAAAACAGAAACACGACCUUCGUGGUUUUAUAGUCUGGUCCCAGAUCAGUUGUUCUGCUGUAUAGCCAACUGCUAUAGUCAUGGUAACAACAAUGACCAGAACCAUAGGUGUUGACUAUGAGCACAAACUGAUCUGGGCCCAGGCUAAUAAAAGCAUGGAUUCGCCAGGAAACUGCUGCAGUGGUCAGUGGACUGGUCUGGGCACAGGUCAGUAGUAUGAGAUGAUGACAACAAGCUGCUAUGUGCUGCCCAGCCUCAGCCCCCUGAUGGUCUGGAGGUUAACAGCUGUAACCGUGCUGACUGACUUGUUGUUCCUGCUUUGCUUGGUGACUGUGUUGUAGGAGAUGGAGCCUUACUUACCCAUAACGUCCCAGUGUGCUCGUACAUUCCUGUCUGGAGCCACCGUCAUAUUCUGGGUGAGCAUGUAUUCAUUAUAGUCUAACUUACUCUGUAUCUUAACUCCUCCUUCCUCCAUCCUCAUUCUCCUCUCCCUCUCCAUCCUCAGUCUCCCCACCUCUCAAUCCUCAGUCUCCCCACCCUCUCCAUCCUCAGUCUCCCCUCCCUCUCCAUCCUCAGUCUCCUCUCCCUCUCCAUCCUCAGUCUCCCCACCUCUCAAUCCUCAGACUCCCCUCCCUCUCUAUCCUCAGUCUCCCCUCCCUCUCCAUCCUCAGUCUCUCCCCUCCCUCUCCAUCCUCAGUCUCUCCCCUCCCUCUCCAUCCACUCGUCUCCUCUCCCUCUCCAUCCUCAGUCUCCUCCCUCUCCAUCCCCUCCCUCCUCUCGAUCCUCAGUCUCCCCUCCCUCUCCAUCCUCAGUCUCCAUCUCCCUCUCCAGUCUCCCCACCUCUCAAUCCUCAGUCUCUCCCCUCCCUCUCCAUCCUCAAGUAUACCCUCCAUCCUCAGUCUCCCCGCCCUCUCCAUCCUCAGUCUUCCCCCCCUCUCCCUUCCUCCCCUCUCCUCUUCACCUCCCUCCGCUCCUCUUUCUCCUCUCCAUCCUCAGUCUUCCCUCCCUCUCCUUCCUCCCCUCUCCUCUUCAUCCUCCUCCCUCUUUCUCCUCUCCCUCCCUCUCCUUCUCUCCUUCCUCCUGUCUUCUCCUCUUCCUCUCUUCAUCUUCACUAUUAUCACCUCUAUUUAUCCUCCUCAGCAUCAUCAACAAAUGUCAUAGUCCGGAUUAGAUUUCUGCUGAAUGUGCACCAUAUUUUUGUGUUUUGAAGUGUGUUGUUGGUGGUGAUUUGUCAGUGUCUGUGUGUGUGGACAUAAGUACUUUUCUCAGGACGUAUUUUUAAAUAUACAGUCAGGGUUGGGGUCAGUUCCAAUUCAAUUCAGUCAAUAAAUAUCAGUUGACUUCCUGAAUUGACUGCAUUGAAACGAAAGUGACCACAACCCUGGCAGAUUCCCGUUCCCAUCUAUGCCCUCUCUCCUCCAAUCCCCUCCUCUCGCUCAGAUCUCCCUGAUCAUAGCGUGUAUCAUCGGGGUGAUAGCGUACCGUCUGGCGGUGUACGCGGCAUUUGCUAGCAUCAUGAAGGACAGCCCCACCAACAACAUCCACGUGGUGGGCUCCCUCAUCACCCCUCAGCUCGCCACCUCUGUCACCGCGUCAUGCAUCAACUUCGUCAUCAUCAUGAUCCUCAAUCUGAUGUAUGAGAGAGUGGCCAUCUGGAUCACUGACAUGGGUAAGACAGAGGGACAGAUAACAUGGGGUAUUGUUCUGGUCAGAUUAUAAGAUUACAACUAGAUAAAGACUCAUUUCUGUUUGCUAAAAAGACAAUAACAAAAUGUCGUUUUACAACCAGUUUGCAACCUGACCAUGACAUCAUGAGUUACGGCGUAAAAAGACUUUGCAGCAUCGCUUGGAGUGAAUCAAUGUGGAUCUACUACAGACAUAGCUAAGUAAUCAAUUCCUUAUUCUAGACUCUCCUUGUUGUGAAUGUUGCUUUCCUCAGAGAUCCCCAAGACCCACCUGGAGUACGAGAACAAGCUGACAGUGAAGAUGUUCCUUUUCCAGUUUGUGAACUACUACUCUUCCUGUUUCUACGUGGCCUUCUUCAAGGGGAAGUUCGUCGGCUAUCCUGGAGACUACAUCUACAUGUUCGGCUGGAGCAAGCUGAGGAACGAGGAGGUAUAAUACCGACCAGCUACUUCCUACUGACAUCAAAAUGAAAUCACAGUCCAGCGGGGGGUGAUGUCCUGUAAUCAGAUUACAACAAACUGCUCUUGGUUACAACCAGUAAAAUACUUUUUUUUUUUUUUUUUUUUCACGACGAGAUUAAAAGAAGACAUCAUAAGGAAGACUUCCAAUGUUGGAUGUUAUUUGGUCAGGUGUCCUGGUUACAACCAGAUCAAAUACAUAUUUUUCUGAUUGCCAAAAAAUGACGUUAGCAACCAUGCAAACAGUUUUGCCCACCGUGAGUAAGAUGAAAACCUUUGCUUGACUUCACCUUCUCUUCCUCUGGCCAGUGUGACCCAGGUGGCUGUCUGAUUGAGCUGACCACUCAGCUGGUCAUAGUGAUGUCAGGGAAACAGGUGUGGGGUAACGUCCAGGAGGCCCUGGUCCCGUAAGUAGUCAUUCUGUCCUUGCCACAAUACUCUUAAGGUCAGUAAACGUGUUCUCUUGGGGCCACGUGUGCUCCGUCUUAAAUGAAGGAAAACGACUUAACUCUGACUUUAGCGUAAAUCGUGCAUUGACGUCAAAUUGAAGAUUUGCGCUAAAACUCGAGUUACGCGUGAGGGUUUCAAUUUCGGAAUUUUGCCGUAGGACCUUUAGCUUUCUAUACAUUUUAGCCACAAAUGUGAAGCGCAGAACCUCUGACCCACUGUGUUGGUACUGUAAUUCCAGGUGGGUAAUGAACUGGUGGGGGAGCCGUAAAGCCCGUAACCACCCAGAGAGCUGCUACAGCCGCUGGGAGCAGGACCACGACCUGCAGAACUUUGGCCAUCUGGGACUCUUCUAUGAGUACCUGGAGAUGGGUGAGUACUGCAGCCAGGGACAACACAGACCAAUAUAGGCGCGUUCUCAAUUCAUAUUUUCCUUGAUCCUCUCAUCCUCUCUCCUCGCCUCCUUCUGAAAAAAUAUAUUCGAAGAGGUCUGAAGGGGAGAAACCACAGAUCUUCUCUCCCAAUGUGUUUUAAUGAAAGAGGUGAGGAGAGAGGAUGCGAUGACAAAUUGAGAAAGAAUAAAACUCUCUAUAGAAAUGUAAUCUCAUUUAACCCAGAACUAAAAAUCGAGCAUAAUUUGGUCAGAUGCUCGAAACCAUUUAUGUUACGUAGUCCGUCCACAAGAGAUUCAUAGAAAUACCCAUUGCAUUACUUCCUGCUCUCCUGCAGAGGGCACUGUUUCCAUCUAUUUUACCAUCAUAAUCCCUCUCCUCUCCUCUCCUCUCCUCUCCUCUCCUCUCCUCUCCUCUCCUCUCCUCUCCUCUCCUCUCCUCUCCUCUCCUCUCCUCUCCUCUCCUCUCCUCUCCUCCCCUCUCCACAGUGAUCCAGUUUGGUUUCAUCACUCUGUUUGUGGCCUCCUUCCCUCUGGCCCCCCUGCUGGCGCUGUUGAACAACAUCAUAGAAGUUAGAGUGGAUGCCUGGAAGUUCACCACCCAGUUCCGGCGGCCCGUAGCAUCUAAGGCCCACAGCAUCGGAGCCUGGCAGGAAAUACUCAACGGAGUGGCCGUCCUGUCGGUCGUCACCAACGUGAGUAUGGCUGUUGGAGAGAUGA